UUUGCCUUGAAGUCGAACCUGAAACUGUGGGACUAAUUUGGAAACUUGGAGGUCAUUCCAGCAGCUCUUCAUCCUGAGACGCAAAUGUCCAGUCCACUAGAGCGGGUUGUAGCCCAGAAGAAGGAGGCCAUUGAAGCCGUGAUGGAGAUGUUUGAGAGAGGAGCCGAGGUGCUGGCCAGCGCUGUUGGGGAGCUGUGUCCUCUUUUUGAAGCUUCUGCUCCAGUUUUGAGGCUGGUCUUGGACAAUGUGGAAAGCAAGGAGAUCACAUAUGUCAAAGAUCAGUUUCUAGUUGUGAGGAGCAAAUUAGAUGUCCUCUCAUGUCAGCUGCAGGACAUUGACUCUGAGAUCAGAAGGAGACGUUUGGAUUCACAGUUCUUCUCUGUGGAGGAAAAUUUGCGGAACCAGUUUAGAAAAUACAUCGAUAUUCUGGAGGCUAAACCUGAGUAUAAGGAAGUCAAAAAACGCUUGUUCUUAGAGCAUUUUUUCAUAACAGGUGGAGAGAAAAACCUCUGUGUGCUUUACGAUGCUGUGAUGGGGAACAGCACAUUUGGGGAACCGAUCCUGGAUGUUGUGGAACAAUACGAGGCCAGAAACAGAAGGGUCCUGGAAGACUUCUGCGUCAGACUGAAGGAGCUGCUCUGCUUGGGAAUCAUCGCUCUGCUGGGAUAUUGUUUCCUUACUCAGGGUGAGGAAUCAGAGCAGGAGAAGAUUCGAGAGUGGAGCACAAAGAUCCAAGAAAUUGAGACGAAAAUGAAGGAAACGAUAGAGAAAUGUGUGGAUUCGUUUCCAGAGCAAGCUGAACUGGACAUCAAGAGGCUUGUGAAGGAGAAAGAAAACGGGAACCUUCAGGAAACGGCCAAGGAACUGCUGGACUUCCUGGUGAAGAAGUACGACUGGGUGAGCUGGUCCAUCAGAGUCAUUAGGAACUUGGGCAAAAUUAGCAACUUGAGAGCCGGACAAAACUUUCAGUGUGUGGCCGGACAGAAUUAUUUUGAAGUAUCUCAAGGAAAUGACACCAACCUGGUGGUCUCGUUCAGCAGCGACCCUCAGCCUGUGCCCAACGAGAGCGUAAAGCAGGUGAUGGAAGGUCCUGCGAGGAAGGGAGACGCCAAAGCUGUUGUGGAGCUUCUGGAGAAGCAGUUAGCUGGGUUUCUGGUUCAUGCCGUCAGUCGUCACAAGGACAGCUUUGCUCUGUCGAGCUUUCCUGAAGAAUGUCACUACUGGGAGAAACAUAAGAACGUGAAUCUCUGUGUGCAUUCAGAGUAGAUUUAGACAUAAACAUAUAAUUACUAUUAUUAUAUUGCUAACAUUUUGCAACGGCAGAACUUUUACUUUAUUCAUGCCUCGAAAAACUCACUGUUCACUCAAAGUAAUUGUUAUAUGUUCAUUGUAAGGUUGCUAUCACCUGU